GCAGGUGACACCGCGCUCUGUUCCUCCGGCUAGGCGGGAGACAGCUCCUCUACGCCUCGCGGGCGGGCAGCGCCAUGCACGUCAAUGGCAAGGUGGCUCUGGUCACCGGCGGGGCUCAGGGCAUCGGCCGAGCCUUCGUCCAGGCGCUGCUGGGCAAGGGAGCCAAGGUAGCGCUCCUGGACCGCAACCCCGAGGCCGGGCAGCAGAGCAAGGCGGCCCUGGACGAACAGUUCGAAGCGCAGAGGACGGUGUUCAUCCAAUGCGACGUUACGGAUACAGAGCAACUGAAAGGUGCUUUCAAAAAAGUAAUUGAGCAUUUUGGAAGGCUGGAUAUUGUGGUUAAUAAUGCUGGAGUGAACAAUGAGAAGGACUGGGAGAGCACUAUACAAAUUAACUUGACAUCUGUGAUAAGAGGAACCUACCUUGGUCUAGAAUAUAUGAGAAAAGGAAAUGGAGGUGAUGGAGGAGUAAUCAUUAAUAUCUCAUCAUUGGCAGGACUCAUGCCUGCUGCAUUCCAACCUGUGUACUGUGCUACAAAGCAUGGUGUAAUUGGAUUUACACGCUCAAUAGCAUUAGCUGCUAACAUGGAAAACUAUGGUGUGAGACUCAACACAAUUUGUCCAGGAUUUGUCAACACACCAAUUCUUCAAUCAAUAGAUAAAGAAGAGAAUAUGGGACAAUAUUAUUCGUAUAAGGAUGAGAUAAAAAAUAUGAUGCAGUUCUACGGUGUGAUGGACCCAUCAAUAAUUGCUGAAGGACUGAUAACAAUAAUUGAAGAUGAUACUCUGAAUGGAGAAGUUAUGAAGAUUACAGCAUCCCAAGGGAUUCAUUUUCAAGAAUACAGCCAAACACCUUUUACGUCAAAGAGAUAGAUCAAAUUGUUUAGCUCUAAUUAACUUUUGAUUUUUAAAAUAUAAAAAAAUGUUGGAUAAACUUUUGGAAAAAAAGUUAAUGAUGUAUCUAGAUCAGUGACAGUAUUCCAACAUCCACACCCUAAUUGCAGAGAUGGAGAAUAAAAUCCAGUAUGGGGAAAAUGUUAUCAACUUUUGAUUCCAUAUACGCUAAAAUAUUUUAUUCAGUAGAAUAUACACACUGCUAUGAAGAUUUCUGACUGUAUAGAAAAAAGGGCCAGUUUUUUCCUUCUUGUAGUUCUGUGCAGUUAUCCAGUCUAUGUACGCCAUGCAUAUUUUGGUGGACCUGACUUAGUACAAUUCUUUUCAUAGAAGUAAAUAUAUUGUUAUUUACAUUUGGAAUUCUCCAAACCAAGAAUUCAGUUCAGGAUAAAACUUUAAAAAUUAAGAAUUUACUUUUUCAUGUAUGUACACACAAAAAUAGAAUAAGAGGCAAAAUACUUUUUUCCUCAUUUAAACAUGCAACUGAAUAUGUAGCAUAUCAUACACAGAAGAACAGAUUUUUUUCCUCUUGGGUUAUACCUAUUUAUAAAUUACUUCUAUUCUAAAAUAUUUGUUUUCUUUUUUAUAUAUAAAUAUAUAUAUAUGUAUUUUCAGUCUUUGUAUAUACAAGGAUCACUACUUUGGCAUUGAUUGAAAUGUCUGUUUACUCAUUAAAUCUCAUUUUCUGAAUCUUUAAAUCUAAUUUCCUGCCUUAACUGAUUAAAACCUGAAUUAAAUCCUGAGCAA